CGAAUUUUGUUGGCUGCGACAACAACAACAACCGUCCGCCGUCCGUCUCAACAACCACCACCACCACCUUGCUUGCCCUUGCGCUUGCCCUAUUCCUUCCCUAUCCUGUCCCAUCCCAAGUUCCACCCCUUGUUCCAUCUCUACUCCUUUUCCGGUUGGUUGAACGGUGCGAUGGAGGGGGGUGGCAGCGGCACUGACCUGCACCGUUUGCCAGGGACCAUCACGGACGACGAAGACGAAGGUGGCAUGAUAGACGGCGCAGCAAUCUCUGACUACGACGUGGAUGCUGUGCACCAGGGUGCAAGCAACAUCAGUGACAAUGAAGAAAACGAAGAAGACAAAGACGAGGAGGGCUCACUUGCGGUCAUGCUCACGCACCGCACGGUCGCCCAAGCGAGGUCUCGCAGCUGCAGCACUGGCAGCCGCACGAGUCGCGACAGUGCCCGGUACGCGAUGACCGAGUACCACCACCCUCGCGAUGCAAGCAUGCACAGAGCAACGACCGACGAUGACGACGACGACGACGACAGCGCCCAGCACAUCCAGCCCAUGCCAAGAAAGCACGGGCGUGCGCGGCGCGGAUACCCUCAUCAGAAGCAGCCCGGCACCAGCAACGAACGCCACCUUGCAGCUUCCACCGCCACCGGCGUGACGGCAGGGGGCACGGCGCACAAGCAUGGCUCAAAGCGACCAGCAGCCACAACGUUUCGCGGAAGCAGGCUGGAAUUCGGAGGAGAUGAUAUGCCGAUGGAGUUCAAAGGGCUGCCUCAGGAUGGAGCAGCCACCGCCAUCUCUCCGCAAGGCGGCGCCAGCGACAGCUACAGCGAUAGCGGCGAUGAUGACGUGCAGGAUGCAGACGACAGCGAGGACGAUUAUGUCGGUGGGGCGCACAGCCCGUACUCCUUGACUGCUCCUAACACCGCUCCCAGCCGCCACAUGGAUGCUGCCGAAAAGGCUGCGGCCAAGGAGCGCCACCGCAGAGCAAGCGCUGUUUUUCGCCGCUUGGAAGCAGAGGCCACCACCACCACCACCACCGCUGCAGCCACAGCGCCUGCGGACCACACAACAACAGCGACAUCAACAAUAACAACAACAACAACAACAGCAGCUGCUGAGCUACGUAAGACCAAGACACCUAACAGGCAUUCAGCGAAGCCAGCGUCACGGUCGCCAUCGCCAUCACCAUCGCCAUCACCGACAGCGGUGUCUGGUGCCCCCGCCAGCGCUGGCAAGACACGGAGCUCUCCAGCACUCAAGGCAGAUCGUCAGGACGCCGGCAGCGAUGUGCGUGCAAAGGUGCUGCGGGCAGCCAGUGACAAAGGCACCCUCACGCCCAAGCAGCCGGUGGACCACAGGCAGAGGCAGUCUGGCCAAGCAAGCUCGCAGGUCAAGACAUAUGUGCAGCUGUUUGAGGAGCGGCUGGCACAUGAGGGCGGUCCCGCUCGCAACAUGCAUGAGGGCGGUGAUGAUGCUGAUGAUGACAACAACAGCAGUGUUGGUGGUGACGACAGCAAGACGGAACACAAGGAGGAUGGUGCCUUGGCGCCUGCAGCAGCAGCAGCAGCAACAACAGCGACAAAGACAGCCAAGUCACCAGCUGCCACUGCUGCUCAACGCGAAGAUGUGGAUGGCGUGCACGACAAGACCAAGAAACGGUCUGCUAGCGGCGCUGUUGCUGCUCCUGCCACAGGCAUCAAAAGCCCCCACAAGGCCGGAAAAGCAGGGCACAAGGGCAAGGUGGGCCGGGCACGCGGGAAAACACCGACCAAGGCCUCUGCUGGCCCUUCGUCUUCGCCGAAGCAGCCCUUGAACAAGAGCCCAGGAACGAAGCACAGCCAGUUGCAGCAGCAACAGCAGCAACAGCAGUCAUCCGGACGCACGCCGUCUCCUCGACGCAAGCCGCAGCGCACACGAACAGGCACGCGCGUGCAACAUGACGGCAGCAUCGUGCUUGCAAGCAUGGCAGAGCCCACACUUGUGCCGCGGUCCACGGCAGCGUCCCGUGCACGUGCCCAUUCAGUUCUCUCCUCGCUCUCGCCGAAAGGGAGGCGUUCAGAGCGCAGCAGUGCCAGCUCGGCAGCAUCACCCGUGCGAUCGUCCCCGAAGGCCGCCCACCACGCUACCACAUCAUCAUCACCAGCAGCAGGGGCGACCACAACAACGUCGACAACAGCUUCCACAACAGCUUCAACAGCACCAGCAGCAGCAACAGCAACGACAGCGCAACGUGGCCAGGGCACGCCAGGCCAUCGCAAGAAGCACAAGCAAGCUUCCGCAUCGCCCAGCAGUGCACGCACGCCUACACGCACACGCACUCGCGCGCGGUCGCGUUCUCGGUCGCGAUCGCCAAGCAAAGCGCCCAUUUCGGCCAACAGGCGAUCGGAGGUGACGGCAGCGUCACCCACGGGACGGGCGGCAGCAACAGCGAGUGUGUCGCCCAGCCCCAGCAAGUCCGCACACAAGGCGCGUGGGCGAAGCGCUCGGCAGUCUCACAAGCGCUCCACAGCCACAGGUAGUGCAGACACAACAACAGCGACGACGACGACGACAAAGACGCGAACAGGUGCCGCUGUGAGUCCAGCCAAGUUAAGUCCUGCUGCUUCUCCUUCGACAUCGAAGGGACAACGUGGAGGCAGUGCAAGACGCACGGGCAGUGGCAAAGGGAACACCUCCCUGGCGUCCUCACAGCCGUCACCAUUCCGCUCACCGGGCAACAACCACAACAACCACAACAAGAACAACAAGAACAAGAAGAACAAGAAGGCGUCAGGUGCGGCUGCAACUGCUGUAUCACCAUCUCCAGGUACAUCGCCUCGUUCGCGUACAGGGCGCAGCCACCCGCGCGCAUCGUCAUCAUCAACCGCAUCACCGCUUCGCCAAAGCACAACAGCAGCACGGACACAGGCAAUGUCAGCGUCAGCCUCUGCUUUGGGGCGUGGUGAUGCGAGCACCCGCGCUGUUGUCGAGGUGCCAGUCGAACGCACACCAGACACAAAGGCCAGCAACCAGCUGCCCACGGAAACAAAGACAGCAACGAGGACAGAACCGAAACAAACAAAUGCAGCAGCGACACUCACAGCUGCGAGCGAUGGGCCCGAAAUGGAAGAUGGCGUGGCCGCCACGCCUGCAAAGGCAGCAACGACGACGAAGAAGAAGACGGCAAAGGACGAGGGGACAGAGGCUUCACUAUCGCUGUCAGCAUCGAUAUCAUCACCAACAGCGCCGCCAUCGCUGAAGCAAACAGGUCCGCAGAUGGAACAGCUGCGUGCAAUCGCAGUCGAGAGCAACGACACGCGUGAUGAUGAUGACGAUGAUGAUGAUGGCACGGAUGCAUCUGAGACCGUCGCCACGCUCCCGCUUGACUGGUUUGCAUGUGCGCCACCGUCGCUGCGGCGACGACUAGAGUGGACUGCCCGCAACCACGUGCACGACUUUGCCGCGUACACGCUUGACAAGGCCAUUCCCGUCUCAUUCCGCAAGGCUUUUACCAUCAGCACCAGCCUCGCCAAAUCAACAAAGCUGGUGUUGCGACAUUCGAUUGAGCAACUUCAGUGCAAGGAAGUCCCAUUCAAGACGAAACACCCUUGCAGCAUGUACUGGUGCUGUGGGUCCUUCAAGGAGGUCAAGAAUACCAACGUCGUCAACACGUGGGUCAGCAGAAUCCCGGGUCUCUUCCGCGCCGCUCGAAAGGUACCUCUUGCGCGCAUCCUGCAGCGAACACGCCGCCUGUUCCCGGAGAGCUUUGACUUUUGCCCGCGCACGUGGCAAUUUCCGAGCGAAUACGAGCAGUUUUGCCGCGCGCACGACCGCCGCACUCGCGCGCAGAGAGCAGGCAAGGUUGCAGCGAGCAAGGAGUGGAUCUACAUUGUCAAGCCAGACGAUGGUGCACAUGGCACAGGCAUCUUCCUCACAAAGGAUCCGCGCGACCCCAGGUUCACUGGGAUGACGCGCGAGCAUGUGAUUCAGGACUACAUUGCAAACCCAUUGCUCAUGGAUGGUUUCAAGUUUGAUCUCCGCAUCUACGCUCUCAUCACCAGUGUCGCUCCUCUUGAGGUGUACUUGCAUCGCGAGGGGAUGGCGCGGUUCUGCACAAUGCCAUAUGAACCACCAACCGACGACAACAUGGCCAAGACGUUCAUGCAUCUCACCAACUACACGCUCAACAAGAACUCAGAGGACUUUGUGCGAACUGACAGCAACAGCAACAACGACAACGGCAGCAGUGGCAGUGGCAAUGGUGGCAGUGGUGGCAGUGGUGGUGAUUCGUCUGGGAAAGAGAACGAAGAUGAAGAAGAGGGAGGCCGUACGUCUUCUCACAAGGCAACGCGGGGCGCAGCGUCACCACGCGCGCCGCUCACAGCGCCGUCAACACAGCCUUCCCCGCGGAUUGUUCAGUUGAGAAAUGGUCCACAGAACGGUGCUGGUGACGGAUAUGCGCAAACAGAGCAGGAGAGCAACGGUGACGGUGAUCGUGGUGGUAUUGAUGCUGGUGGCGAUGAUGAUGCCGUCGUGCACGUUGAAGAGGAGAAGGCGAAUGGUGGAGGUGAGGACGCGGCAAGCGAUGGUAGCUCAGCCUCACACCAAAACCAGAAACAGCAGCAGCAGCAGCAACAACAACAGCAGCGGCAGCAACAGCAGCAGGAAGGAGGGGAGCAGCAACAGCAACACGUGGACAAGCCCAAGCAAAAGAGUACCAAGCCCUCGACUACGUCCACGGUGAGCUCGCCAAGUGGGGAUGACGAUGACGACGACCUGAGCUUUGACCUUCUUGAGCUGCUUGAAGAUCGGUCAAAGCAGGAUGGCACGGAUGGGGAAGUUGUGGAGGAAGUGGACUGCGACGCGCUUGGUGCUGCUGCAGAAACGCACGUGAGCGAUGUGGAACUGCAAGGAGAACAGCCGUCGUCAUCUCCACAACAACACAAGCAGCAGAAGCAGGAGGAGGAAGCAGAGGAAGUAAAGGAAGGGAAAGGAGAGGGCGAGCGAGCGGACGAGCAUAAACCGCAUCAACAACGGCAACAACGGCAGCAGGGCAGGGAUGGUGCAUCAUCUCCCGUGCAUGUGCAGCCGCUGGAUGCGAGUGUUCAUAUGUUCCGACGCGAUGAUCCCGACGGCGCCCUCAACGACGACGACGUGGGAAGCAAAAGGACGCUGACAUCUGUGAUGAACCGGCUCGCAGCAGACGGACUGGACAUCCAACUGCUGUGGUCGCGCGUCUCUGCAAUUGUUAGCAAGACGACAAUGGCGCUUGCACCGCUCCUCUCGUUCGAGGCAAAGAAGACACUCCCAAAGCACCCGUCCAUGCAACCAAAGUGCUUCCAGCUCGUUGGAUUCGAUGUCCUCGUGGACGAAAACCUGCAGCCGUAUCUGAUUGAGAUUAACGCGAAUCCAUCGCUGCGCAUUGAUGCGGAGGUGAAGACGUUCACACCAGAGGGGUACGCACAGGUCUCCUAUGAGUAUUCCCAAGUUGAUGCCGCCAUCAAGAUCCCUGUCGUGCGCGACGGCGUGUGUCUGCUCAUGCAGAAACUCCACAAAAUGCAUCUCGAAAAUCCGGGGAGUGUGCAGGAGCCCGUGUCCAAAUCGCAGCGGGACCACGACCUGCAUAUGUUGCGGCAGCAGCGGCUGAAGGAGUUCAAGGAGAAAACCAGACAACGAGAGCUUGAGGCACGGCAGACGGCCAACGAUCGCCGGAAGCGGUUGAUUGAAGAGCGCGCGAAACGGCAGCAGCAGCGGAGGGGCGUAUCCCCGUCUGCGCGCCCAGGCCGCCCUCGCUCAUCGCCGGCGCGCGCACGCCGAAACCACGACACCAAAGGCAAGACAUCAGACAAGACACCCACCAAACCACAGCAGCACCAGCACCAGCACCAACAGCACCAGCAGCACCAACAGCACCAGCAGCAGCAGAGGUCAAAGGGUGGCGGCUCCACGCCAUCAUCCCCCGCAAAGACGGUGGCGUCUCGUGUUGUUGGUCGACACAACACGCCCUUGGACAAGCACCGCAGCGGCGGCGUCGACCAAGCCGCUGCGGCCUCAUCUCCAUGUACAUCGUCGUCAUCGUCUCCUCACAAGAAGAAGACGCAUGGCGCUGGGCAGGAGUUGACGUUUGGGUACAUUGCCUUGCACGAGCUGGCGGUGAUUGCGGGGAAAGAGGAACAGCGCAUCCUCAACGGCCUGCGAGACCUGUUUGCUCGCUACUGUGGCAGGAACAAGGACGUCAUGUCAAAUUCCAACUUCCGGACCUUGCUGCGCGCCAGCUUCCGUUGCGACCCCGCCCCGACACAUCACAUUAGCAAUAGCGAUUGUGACUUGAUUUAUCUCGACGCGAUUCGGGCACACAACCUGCCAAAGGCAAACCUCAACUUUGACGGGUUCUGUGACGCCUUUCUCACUGUCAUGGCCAAGCUUUGGCCCGACCACCCUUUGCGCGACACGCUGUCGUGCAUCACCCAGCAGUGCCUGUCCUCCUCCACCGCCUAACUGAAGCACAGAGAGCUCGAG